GCUGAACACUUCUCGCGAGCGCAAGAGCAUCGGCGGAAAGGGCCGUGGCUUCAGGAUCAUAAUCGCUCUCUCCCCGAACGAACCGGUCGCACGAUUGCUACCUCGUGGUAGGAGCAACAAAAAGGGGCUACGAAAAAGUUAGCGCUUCUCGCCCAUCGAUUGCUGCCGGGCUAAUGGAGGGUAGCAGCGGCGACGGCAGCACCUCACCUUCGGCAGACAUGCCCUCGCCCCCGUCUCUCCACAACUCACCCAACCCGGACUCUAGCGUGAUGGUCGGCGAUUGCGUAACCUCCGCGGCGAACCUCAUGUGCCCACCCAUGUCCACCAACAAUCCUGUGGUCAGCAUGCAGGGGCUGGUUGCAGCCUCCAGCCCUAGUUAUCAACAACAAAGGACUUCAUCGGUCAGCCCGCCUCAGAUGGUGUCCAAACCGUACACGCCACCCAUGUCCACUGCCGCGAUGGCCGCUUUAUCGGCCGGCAAACCUCAACUUGAGCACAUGCCGGCCCACAUGGGCAUGCUGGCCAUGAGAAACGGCGGUGUCCACCACCAUGGGUACUUGGGGGCCCCACCUCGACUGGAACGUCCCAUGCACCCCAUAUCUCCUCCUGGCAUCACAACAGAUGCCACUGCAAACGAUUGCAGGCUCAUAGACUACAGAGGCGCAAAAGUAGCGGCCUUCCUGGUCAACGGCGACUACCUCCUGUGCCUGCCCCAGGCAUUCGAACUGUUCCUGAAGCACCUAGUGGGGGGCCUGCACACCGUGUACACUAAACUGAAGAGACUGGACAUCACCCCUAUCGUCUGCAAUGUAGAGCAGGUGCGGAUUCUGAGGGGGUUGGGUGCCAUUCAACCAGGGGUCAACCGAUGCAAACUCCUGUCCUGCAAAGACUUUGACACUCUCUAUAAAGACUGCACGACUGCAAGGCCCGGGAGGCCACCGAAGCGGGCUACCAUGGUAGGCAUAAAUCCUAACGGAGCCAAUCACAGCAUGCUUCUCAAAAAGUCACGAAUGGACGGAGAAUAUCCUGGGUACGAAAAUGGACAUAUCGGAGGCGAUCGAGUUGACAAAUCUCACCUUUUGGCCAACGGUUACAGCCACCACGUGGCCGCAGCGCAGGCAGCUGUGGUCGCAGCCACGGCAGGAGCCCCACCUCACCUCAACCCCUUGCCUUUCAUGGCCCUCAACCAUGCUGCUGCAGCGGCUGCACAUCACAACUCCAUGCUAUCCGGGACCCUUCCUCUGGCUGCCUCAUCCUCACACGGUCACCUAAACUCAUCCACAUCGUCAGGUAGAGGACCAGAAUCCUCAUCUGUCAUCAAGGAGAGGAACUCACAUAAUAACGACGUCAUCAAUUCCACAAGGCUACGAGAUGAUCGGGGAGAUAUGGUUGAUUCCAAAGAACGUCUUUAUGGUUUUGACAGCCAUCGCAUGAAAGACCAAGCUUUCUUAAACGGCUACUUCUGGCUUCUUGCAGGGGCCCAGGCUAACGGCCACAGUCCCGUCCUCAACCUGAGCCAGCAUUCGAGCCGGCCCUCCAACAGCAGCAACAACAGCAAUAACAACAACAAUCCCACCACCAACGGACCAGGAAGUGGAGGUGGAGGCGGAGGCGGAGGAGGUGCUGGAGGAGAGAACAGCGGAAGUGAAAACGCCUACAAUGAUGGUGCAGAUGACGAUGACAACGACAGUGAAGACGACGACGAUGAUGACAGGGAACAAGACCUUAGUGACAAUCCAGAUGUUAGCAGUACUGCCAAUACGGACAGGCUAACGUCGAGUCAGCAUCCGUUAGCUUAUCCAGCCAUGGGCGGCGAUGUUUGCCCUAUACCGGGACAGACGGCCUCUUCCAUGGAAACUCUUCUCAGAAAUAUACAGGGCCUUUUGAAAGUCGCUGCCGACAACGCUAGGCAGCAAGAACGACAGAUCAGCUUAGAAAAAGCCGAACUCAAAAUGGAACUUCUACGAGAGAGGGAGGUCCGAGAAGGUAUCGAGAAACAGCUCUUGGACGAACAGAGGACAAGAAAUAAUCUCGAAAACCAGCUUAAACUGAAAAUUGGAAUGAAAAUUUUAUACCAAAAAAGGCUGAAGAAAGAGAAACGAACUCGCAGGAGAGUUCAAGAACAAUUGGAAGCCGAAGUGAAAAAGCGGGCGCAAUACGAAGAAGCCCUCAGGAGUAACUCUGCGGAAGCGCUACGUCUCUUGAACGAAUCCCUCGCCCAGGAGCUCGAAAGGGAAAGGAACGCCCGGGCCGAAGCAGAACACAAAAUGCAAGAUUGCCCGAUGUCUGUAUAAACUACACAGCCCGUUACGUUAUACCACAAAUAUUCAUCAUCAUUAUUAGCUGGUGCCGACUGAAGUGCCAUCUGGUGGACAUGAACUUUAUUGAAUGAAGAGGACAAUUUUAAUAUGGAGAACAUAUCAACGAUUAUAUAUGAACUAGUAUCUCCAUAAAUCUGAGUCAAAGAAGGCCUGUAUAAUUCACCAAGGGGAAACCCCCUGUUUGAACUUCUUGAAACCCCGUGCAUAUCGAUAGUGAAGGAAAGAGAAACUGAUACAAAAACUUGUAAAGAAUGAAGAAAUGAUUACGAAUGGCGGUUGUAUUCAACACUAAUCAGCUGUGGUAAAAGUGAACAUUAAGAGGACUAUUCAGACAUGUUCAAUAGCCUCAACGCAUUUCUAUGCCACUGGGUGUUGAUGUUCAAGAAGUGUGCUAAGAUUAAAGCGUAGCGUUCAAGGAAAAAAAAAGAAAGAAAGAAAGAAGAAAGGAAAUAUGAACAUUGUUGAUGUGCAAGCCGCCUGUUUGUUGAAAUGUUACCCGUGUUGCUUAUAUCAUAGAAAAGACCUUUUUUAGAGAGUGUAAUGCUCUGCUCACCAACCCCCUAACUUUCAUUAGUGUGAAAAGACUGUUAUUAUUAUUACUGUAACACUUAUCACUUGCCAGUUUGACGUACGAAAUUUUCGACCCACUGUAGUAGGUCUUGAUUAGUGAUCUUAACACAAGGAGAGUUUGGGAUUUUUUUUUUUUAUCUACCAAGCUGAUGUAUUAUUUAAAACGGCACAUGCCUCACUUUAUAACUGCUGUUAUGCAAUCAUGAACGAGAUGCUUUUGAUCCUCGAUAUAGCGUCAUCCAUUUUUUUUUUUAGAAAAAAAAAUGCAAAUUAAAAAGCAACAAUUCUAGACUUUUAGUCUGAUAUCUUGUAAGAAAAUACAUCAUUUUUUUAAUUCUACGUACUCCAUCAUCCAUGAUUUUUUAGUCACUAAUUGUUUACUGGCGAUUAGUGACAUAAAUAGACAGUGCGUGAUUCAAAGCAAAAGUUAUGGUAGGAAUCUUAAAGAUUAAUCAUUAUCAUUAAUAUUGAAAUAUUUCUUAAUUAGAAAUGUCUAAUCAUAUUAUAUAUCGUUAUCUAAUUUAAAUUAAUUAAUUUUAAGUGGACUGUUGAGUUAGGAGUAAUAAGAGUUCAGGGUUUACCUGCAUUUUUAUUUCACGCAGCCUUUUCAAAAUGGAUAUUAUUUUAUAAUUUUCUUAAAAUUGUGUAAUUCGCUCUUUAAUUUCUGUUUCUUUAUGACUAUAAAAUUGUCAGGGACUUUCUAAAGGCUUGGGCCCCUCGCAUUUUGUUAGCCUUACCAUCUUAUGCUUACAACUCAAUUGGAAUUAAAUAAGCUAGCCAACUGUAGAAAAAAAAAAGCCGAGAGGCUUCUAUAUCGAGAUUCAAUUGCAUACUCAAUAUCGUCUAAAUUUCAUUUAUGGCUCUAAAAUGAAUAAUACUUUUGUAAGCAAAUGCUUAUUUAAAACAAGUAUUUAUUAAUCAACAAAGAUUUGUGUGUUGCCUAUUAUGAAUUCUUUAAGAAUUAAAAAAACUACUGUAAAAAUGUUUUCUUUGUUGCGCUUCAAAUAUAAAUUUAUUUAUAAUUGUAAAUAUUGAAAUGAAAAUGCAAUUGUAAUCGUUCUCGUGUUACCCAAACUCUUUCACACAAAUAAAAGAUCACUAAUGCUUGUUAGAUGGGCAAAAUGUAUUUGUUCCAUGGAAAAAAAAAAGAUUUAAAGGAAAAAAAAAAAAGGUUGAAAAAACUAACAGCUCUGCACUGUUUACUGCCUCGUGUAUUUUUUUUUUGUUUGCGUUUUGUUAAUAAGUGUAGGUUCUGCUCAAAUCUUUUCUGUCAGUUUUAACUUGUAGCGUUUGAAGAAAACAGUAUUGUUAUGCUUAAUCCCAUAUCAAUAAGUGUAUCUCAUAAAAUUAUUUGCAGCUGUG